AUGCGCAAAUUGUCUCGUGAUUCGCGCUACAUCACUCAACGUGUAUUCAGACGAACAACGAGCUCCGACAUCCGAAAUCAUCCUCUUAUAAAGAUCUCUAAUGGCACAUUUUACCAGCUGCACCCUCAGACGAAGCCGUCAGGGUGCAUCACUUCGGCUCCAAGGCCACUGUUUGAGAACUUGAGCAUUUCCAUCCCCUCCUUCACAACGCCAAACCAGCACUGGGCUAUACUGAGCCCUUCCUCCACAGUGCGAACUUCUUUCUUAAAAAUUCUCCAUGGGCAAAUGAUAUGUCAACCUCCGACAGCACGGACUUAUCCCUAUCUCACCACAAGGGCCUCUGCAACCCAUACACAGAACAUUCGAUCUCCCGAGAGGUCUAUUACUUACGUGGGCUUCGAUAAUGAUAAGAAGUCUUUUGGUGGCGCUUAUUUGAGUGCGCGGUACGAAAGUCGUGUCGAGGAAACUGAUUUCACUCUUCAGCAGUAUCUCACCGGCGAUACUCAACUCAAUCCCAGUGCGGACUGCAUGCAACCAAACACACUAGCCGAAGAGGUCUCCAUCGCGGUAGCGACCGACCUAGACCUUAUGAAGUUGCUCAAAAAGCCCGUCAACAUGCUCAGUAAUGGUCAAUCGAGACGGGCGAGAAUUGGUAAAGCACUGCUCACCAAGCCAGAAUUACUUCUCCUGGAUGCGCCUUUCAUAGGUCUAGACCCUUUCGUAACAGAGCAAAUCUCCUCACUACUUGAGCGCCUGUCAAACACAUUGCAGCCACGAAUCUUCAUAGCUUUGCGCCCGCAAGAUGUCAUUCCCGCAUGGAUAACGCAUAUUAUAUAUGCUAACAGGAACAGCAAAGUUAUGUGCCUAGGCCCUCGAGAGGAUGUGAUGGAUGUACUCCGGCAAGAAUAUGAGGCUGUUGAAGCCAUGGACUCUUAUUCUUCCCUCAGUGCCGAUAAGCUCGAGACUCUAGAAGUAGGGCGCCAUCUUGUACGUAAGGGUGACUUCAUUCGAAAUAAUGCGCGCGUCCAGCGCAGCAUAAGUGUGGACGGAUACCAUCAUACCGACCCAGUUGACCAUGCAACUAGCGAGGUCCUUGUGGAGAUGAAAGGUGUGAACGUGAAAUAUGGCGAUAACUCUGUGCUUGGAGACUGGUCUCAGAUAGUUGACAGUCGGGAGCAGAAAGGUUUAUGGUGGAAUGUGCGAAGAGGGGAACGAUGGGGGAUUUUUGGUGCCAAUGGUUCUGGGAAGACAACGCUCUUGUCAUUGAUCACGUCUGAUCAUCCUCAAACGUACUCUGCCCCAGUCAAGCUCUUUGGGCGCGCUCGCCUACCUUCUCCAGGUCGACCUGGGAUUUCCAUUUUCGACAUUCAAUCACGAAUAGGCCACGCGUCGCCAGAAGUACAUGCUCUCUUUCCUCGACACCUCACUAUACGUGGUACUCUUGAGAGCGCCUUCGGGGAUACUCCUCUCACAAAACCUAGACUAGAUCCGUUCGCUGUGGCAAGGGUGAAUGCAUGCCUGGCGUGGUUUUCUGAGGAGCUUAAUCCCGGGUACAAACCGAGGGCAAGUCAUGAUCUGCACUGGUCAGUAGCAGCAAACUUUGCAGAUCUCUCGUUCUCGUCGCAGCGAGUCCUUCUCUUCUUGCGGGCUUUGGUGCGUCAGCCAGACAUAAUUAUCCUUGACGAAGCUUUUAGUGGAAUGGAUGAUACGGUCCGCACUAAAUGUCUUCUGUUCCUGAGCUGGGGCGAAACUAAGACUUUACACGAUGAUGCUUACAUGGCCGAUAAGCCUGUCGUGAACGGGAUCAAUGCAAACCAGGCGCUGUUGUGUGUCAGUCAUAGUAUGGAUGAUGUACCUGGGUGUGUUAGACAAUGGAUCUGCUUACCGGAAUCGGGUACAGGCUCACCAAGGAUUGGAAAGCUUAAUGGGCCCGUUGGCCUGGACGCUCGACGAUGGGACAACAUAUGGAACUAUGGCGGCAGUGUGAUGUAG